AUGUCAGAAUCUUACUGGAAUAAAUUAAAAGCACAACUGAAAAUGGCUCCAACAAACUCAGACAUUUGGGCUCAAUCAAUUUUGUGCAACGACAACAUGAGAAGAAGGUUCAGUGAUGAGCAGAUUAAGUCAUUAGAAAACAUGUUUGAGACAGAGUCAAGGCCUGAAUUGAGGACAAAACAGCAAUUGGCUAAAAGACUUGGCCUGCAGCCAAGACAAGUAGCUAUAUGGUUUCAGAACAAGAGAGCUAGAUCGAAAUCGAAGCAACUUGAAUUGGAGUAUAGAAUGCUUCAAAUCAGUUAUGACAACUUAGGUUCCAAGUAUGAAUUACUGAAAAAAGAGCAUGAAUCCCUCCUCAUCCAGCUGCAGAGACUUAGAAAGUUAAUGGAAAAGGAUGAGAAUGAGAAAGAUGUCAUUAAAUCAGAAACGGAAGUGAAACAAGAUGAUUUUGGCUUACCUUUGUGUGAAGACAGCAGGGGAAUUGACUACUUGGGACCAGAAUCUGAUAUUUUAGACAUGGCACAAAUAGCUGAUGGCUUAUCGGAGAUUGAAAAUGGAUACAACUUCGAGUCGAGAACGUUUCUUCAUGAUAAUACUGCUUGUACAUCACCAUUGUGGGAAUUUUAA